AUGCCGAAAGUUGAACUGCCGGAUGCAGAGGAGGUUGAGGAUGAUGAGGACGAUGAAAUGCAUGGCCGGCCAGAAUCGGAAGCCCUGGCCCUUCCUUCUGACUUCAGCAGCGGUGAGCGCAAGGCAUUCGUGUUGGAGAUUCUGGCGAGUUUCGAGAAACGCAUUCGGAUUGGGCUGGCACAUGAUCUCCUCAGCGCCAUCAAGGAAUCACUAUGA